GUCUUAACAGCUGGCGGCUUGCAUUUUAUUUUCGCAACAUUAAUAUUUUUAAAAAUACAUAUUAAAACCCGACGUGAAACAAUAUUUACAAAUGGCUGAGAGCAAUACAGCUGGCGGCGAGGAUAAGAAGUUGUCAGACAUCUUUUUGACCGGCUGGAACAUAUUGGAUGAGUUAGAAGUAACCGAUUUGCCUUUCAAUGGAAGUGAAUUUCAGAACAAAGUAAAGACGGCAAUGGGUCUUCUCGAGCAGGCCACUGUUAUUGUAAACCAAGUUAGCAUGUUUAGUGCCAAUGAGAUGAUCGACGAAGUAUCUACAGAAUCGCUGCCCUUCAUGCUGCUCCCUUAUUUUCUGGGCAAGCUUACCACCAAGAUCAACAGUCCUAACAGCACACAGUCCUUGGAACUGGGCGAGAUUUACUUUAAGGAUCAUUUGCAGCGCUGCCAGGAGUAUGAACUGUGCCCUGCACCCAAAUCACAGGUGGUUUCGGCGGACAACCAGGCUGAAAAGAGCGAGAAGCGGGAGCUAAUAGAGGCAGCCUUCAAUAGAAACGACAAAAUCGCCCAGUACCGCAGGAUGAAGGAAAUCGACGCCUAUAUCGCCAAGAUGCGCGAGGCAAUCAAGAACAAAACGGCCGACGACGAAGACAAACGGGAGUUCUUUCUGAAGUAUUUGGACAAGAGCAUCAUAGACUCCAAGCAGGAGCUGGAGUCACUGGGCACGAUGAAGCAGCUGGCCCAGAUGCGUCUGGCCCAACUAGCUGACGGAAAAGUUUACAACGAAGUAAAUGAAUUUAAUCCAUCGAAUGAGCAUCAACCUGCAUCUUCCACCUCCCGUGGUCAUGGUCACAGUCACGGACCAGGACGCAAUCACCAUCAUCAUCAGCAGUCCGCCAAGCCGAAGCCCCUGCAGCCAUUUAUUAUCACACGCAAUGCCACACAGAAGGCGGUGUUUGGUUUGGGCUAUCCAAGUUUGCCCAUUAUGACCGUGGAUGAGUUCUACCAGCAGCGCGUCGACGAAGGCAUCUUCCCCGACGAGGAGAAGGUGGCCAAGAUGAACCAAGCACAGGCAAUUGCCGCUACCCGAGAUCCCAACGAGCAGGAAGACGAGGAGAAGGCCGCUGAGGAACUCCAGGCAGAGCAGGACGAUCCGGAGUAUAUCGACCGCAUGAGACGCAUGGAUGAGUAUAAGGAUGUCGUGCGUCGCGGGGACGGAAACCGUCAUAACCGAAGCUAGGCAAAACACUCAUAUAUAUUACAUACUUUUCUAAAAAGAAUAAAAUGGAUAAUUUACAAAAUUGGUUUAAAGCCAAUGUAUUCUGCAAGCAAAA